AUGAGGCAAAAUUCAAUCAACGAACAUCGGCGCGACGCCAAUGCUGCGAGAAGCGCAGCUCAAUCGACGGAGAAACUGCGCAAAUUGCGCACAUACAAGCGAAUGAGGGAGCUUUCCCGCCAGCCGAAUGGUUACGUAGCACGGGAAAUUGGCGACUUUGGGGCGCAGUGCUCAGCGAUUAAUAAAGCGCUUUCGCCGCGAAGCCCUCGGUAU